UUGGUUACUUCGUGGAAAAUAAACAGCACAGAGGGAAACCGAUCGUUCGUAAUAAUAUCAGUUAUAUCGUAGAUUUAAUUCGAUCGGCGAUUGGGCAAUUCAAACUAGUGAUAAUUAAGACUGUUACUCGGCACGUUAUGCGAGAAACAAAAAUCCGACAGGAACAACACGAGUUACGAAAGAUGCACAAGAGUUUGACUAUCCUCUCGUGACAACACCGAGACUUAGGACUUGUUAUUUGAAUGAUGAGAAUCAAACGCUCCACUGUUUUGUACAAAAAUUAAAUAACAGAACACACUAUGACUGUAGGGCUACAAUGGCAGAAGAACUUGUAUGAAAAUUAUGGGCUGCCGGACAAUUACACGGACAGUUCGUUCUUGGAGCAAUUACGCAGAAAUAUCAAACUGAACAACGUGACAUUAAUCGAAGCAAUAACUUUUGGCGGCACUGUAUGCAUUCAACUGAAUAUCGUCAUCCUUUUUGUCAUUAUAUUUAUUUGGUUGUACAACGAAUGGGCCAGUCCCAAUGUCGUAUUCAUACUCGGUGUGAUACACACAAUAAUCGGUUACUUCCUAUACUGUUUGAAAGAGCCGAGUAUCCUGACAGAGUUUACAAAACACAUUAGAACUGUGCUGAUCUUCCUUACGUUCGGGUAUAUCCUGUCACCUGUUUUAAAAACCUUGACCGAGACCAUCAGCACGGACACGAUUUAUGCCAUGACAAUACUAAUGUUUCUGGUACAUUUGAUAUUCAGCAAGUACGGUCCGUUGCAGAUCUCGCUGUCCGAUUCAUUGUCCAUAACGUCCUCGAUAUUUGGCUCCUUGAUGUUAGCGUCCAGAUUAGCAUCACCGCUGCAUGCUUUCUCUCUCCUUACAGUUUCUGUUCAGUGUUUCGUUCUGUUGCCAUUUCUGAUAUAUAAAUUAAGCAGCAAGUUACUGAUGUCAGGUUUCUUAACAUUAAGCACACUGUACUUUCUCCUAUUGGUUUCGCAAACUUUGUCCUAUGUAUUUGUUGCAACUAUAGUGUUCUUACAUUUUGUUUGUCCUUAUUGGUAUGUAAGAUGCCAGAAGUACAAGGACAAUAUUUAUGGACCAUGGGACGAGGCUGUCAUUACUUCUUAGAAAACGCUCGGUCCAUUUCCUUCUGUUUGUUCUAACAUCCUCAAUUGAAGAAAUGGAAUGUUGUAAAUACUUGGAUAUUUAAUUUAUUAUUAAUACACAGCACAAUUAACAUAGCAACGGAACGUAAUUAUGGAAAUAUAUUUUAUAUAUUUACUGUACUUAUAACAGAUAACUCAAAAUAAUACAUAUGUAAUAUGUGCCAACAAUUUUAUAAAAACGUUCAAUCACAAUUCGAGAAUGUUAAUUGACAAUUUAAAAUAAAUCGUAUUUGUAUAGAAAU